AUGGCUGUCAAAGAGAAAAAGGAUAAAAAAACCGUUGGUGUUGGAGUUGAAGCCCUGUGGAGAGCUAUGGCUAAGGAUACAGUUACUGUUAUACCAAAGAUAAUGCCUAGUAUUGUGCGCAGUAUUGAAGUAAUUGAGGGAGAUGGUGGCCUUGGUUCUGUUUUGCUCCUCAAUCUGGGCGAUCAUCAUGUAGAGUCCAAGAGAAAACAGACAGAAAAGAUUGUGGAACUUGACGACUCUGAGUAUCGAUUUGCACUGAAAGUAUUGGAAGGGCCGGCGCUAACACUGCGCAAUUUUUCUGCAUUGACAACUUCUUUCCAACUAAGCAAAAUCGGAGAGCAGGAGACCUUGGUUGAUAUGAAAGUGGUGUAUGAGACUGAAAAGGAGGAAGCUAAUACCGGAGAAAUAGCAUUGCAGCCUGCGAUUUCUUACAUUCAGUUCCUGGAGAAAUAUGUACUGGAAUCAUAG